AUGCCGAUUGUGGCUCUUCCGAGCACAACGGUUCGGGCCAUCGGUUCAACAUCUAUCAUCUCUGACCCGUACUCGGUGGUCAAAGAGUUGCUGGACAACUCACUGGAUGCUUCAGCACCUUCUGUAUCCAUUGAGAUAUCGCAAGAUACCGUCGACACAAUUCAAGUCAAAGAUAAUGGUCAUGGGAUACCCGCCUCCGACUUCGGACUUGUAUGCAAACGCACCUUCACAAGCAAAAUCCAUACCGUUGAAGACUUGAAGAAUGUGGGUGGGAAAUCGCUAGGCUUCAGAGGCGAAGCAUUGGCGAGUGCGGCCGAAGUGUCCGGUACUUUGGUUAUUUCUACAAGGGUCCAAUCAGAAACUGUUGGCUCUUUUCUGAAGUAUGGAAGAAAUGGAGAGUUAAUCAGCACGGAACAUGUCGCCCACCCCGUGGGGACGACUGUCCGAGUCUCAAAUCUAUUCCGGCAGAUACCAGUUCGGCGACAGACCGCUAUUAAGAACUCGAAGAAGACGCUACUCAGAAUCAGGAAGAUGAUCCAAGCUUACGCCAUGGCUAGACCUUCCACUAGGUUUUCUUUGAGAAUCCUAAAGGCCAAAAAUGAUUCUGGCAACUGGACGUAUGCGCCUGGAAAGGAGGCCGCGCUCAUGGAUGCAGCAUUGAAAGUGGCAGGGAGAGAGAUUGCCUCUAGCUGUAUCACAAAAGAAUGGCCAACUUCCCAUUCUAGUGAUUGCGAAUCUUCACGAGAUAUCAAACUUGCGGCAUUGCUUCCCAAUCUCGGAUCAGACUUCACACGAUUCAACAGCACGGGGCAAUAUGUUAGUAUUGACGGCAGGCCCAUAUCAUCAGGGCGAGGCGUUGCUCAAAAUAUCGUGAAGCUUUACAAGUCGUAUCUGCGUUCGGUCGCCUCCCGUGACGGUUUCUCUCCAACAAUCACUGAUCCAUUCCUUUGCGUCCAUAUCCUGUGUCCCGAUGGGACCUAUGACGUUAAUAUCGAACCUCUCAAAGACGAUGUUUUGUGUGAGGAUGAGCCCGCUAUUCUUUCUUUAUUAGAAAGCCUCCUCCAAGAUGUCUAUGGAACCGAUACGGACGUUAACGGGUUGGAACACGAUACUCCCGAAAACAAUAGAGAACCCCUUUCUCAAGGUGGAUUAGAAACCCUCUUGUCUGGAAGGCCUCAAGAGACUACAGUUAUAACUCACACUCCAAGCUCCAACUCCCAGAAUGGAGACAUUGUGAGCGCUCGCACAUUUAUGCGCCCAGGGCCACCCCGUCGCAGUCCUCCAGGGUCUAGGCCCAGACUCGGAAAACCAUUUGCUUUGUCCACCAAUUCGAGAACAUCAGAUGCAUCUUCUGUGGUAAAUCUCCAGCGUCAUCGCCGCUCGUUUCCCCAUCAGGAAACAGAAUCGCCAGCUUCCAAUACAAGUCCACGCGACAUAAGACAGACUACAAGCCUUGGUACCUGCCUACCAAGUCCAGUGUCUAGCUCCAGUUCCCCUCCCUCUCACACGGCCUCUCUUUCUCCCACAACUCCGGUCCGGAAUUCAAGAGAGCAUCAGAGGGAGCGCGAUAGAGAGCGGUACGGCAACGGGUCUCUUGAUACCUGGUUUCUGAAGCUGUCCCAGGCAUCUCAGGCCACAGCGGCUACAGAUGAUGCCCAAACACAAGACAAUGAGCCCUCAUUAUCUCAGCUUACCCAAGAUCGCUUCGGCCCUGAGGCAGACAGCCCAAACCAUGCGUCAGAUGUUCGCGUGGAGUCGUCUCAAUCUAUAAAUACAUCUUCCAGCCCUACACCGGAGUUAGGAUCAGUCCAAAUAUGUUCAAACAACGCGGCGCAUACAUCACGGGGCGUGAACAAGGGCAAGGGCCUUCCGGUCCUGGAGCAAUGGGCCGCCAGAUUAUACAAUACUCCAAACCCCGACGAAAACCCUGACCUCCAAAAGGCGCUCGAAUUCGAGACAAGGAAAAAGGCUGCUAUCAAAGGAAGGCGAUUGCAGCUCCAAGGCUCACGCCCAUCGGCUCCUACGAGCUCCCCUCAUCAAAGCAGGUACCUUGCCGCUCGAGCUGCCUUGAACUCGGAGCCGGACCCUGCCACGCAGCAGUCAAGACCGGCGGCCGUCGCAAACACCAACGGACCAUCAAAAUCAGUCCUCAACCCGCACGACCCUAGGGCAUACAUGAUGCGUCUUCAGAAUACUGAUACCUCGAGAAAUUCAAAACUCAAACGCAUUACAUCAAACAAACUACCCUUUGAGAAAAUUCCCGAAGGAUAUGACUUGCAUUCUCUUGGCUUUACCUCGCCAGCAGACUUAUCUUUGCUCCGCACAUCUUUCAGCGAGACCGCAAAAAUCGAUCUAUAUACGCGAUCUGGUGAUCAAGCCGACGCAUUUAAUCCAUACAAUUUAGAUGCGGCUAUCGAGGCCUGGAAUUACCGACUAUCAAAGUUGAUUAGAACCUAUCAUCGGUCUACAGAGGAUUCUGAUAUCCCUCAACUUGAAUUUGAUUUCUCCGCCAUAAUUCGAACUUCUAAUAUCAAUGGUUUACCGGCUGCCAAUAUUUGA